GAGUAGGAUCGUGGAUCGUACGAGUAGCUCAAGAAGGAAACAAAACGGCAGGCUUGCAGUUCCAAUCCAUCCCGCUGGCAUCGUCUGUUCUUCGUCCUUCCAUGCUCUAGACUAGCUAGCGUUGCAGUGCAGAGCAUGACACAGGCAGGCAUGGAGUAGUGACAUAUAGAUGGAGCUGGCCUGGAGCUGCUGCUGCUUCUUGCUCGCCGCCUGCGCGCGCUCUCUCCGUCGUCUGCUCCAGCUCCCCGCGCUCCUCUGCUGCGAGGCCAUGGCGUGGGCGGUCACCUUCCUUGCCUUCCCGCUCCGCAUGCUCACCGCCGUCGAGAGGGAGCGCAAGUUGGGGUGGCUGGUUGCGGAGAUGCAGGCGCAGAUGGACGACCUGGCGUUGGAGAACGCGGCGCUGGAGGACAGGCUGCGGGCGGCGCUCCGGGAGCGGGAAGCCGUGGAGGCGGUCCUUGACGACGUGGAGGACGAGCACGAGGACGCCCUCGCCAGGAUCCAUGUCCUCGACGCCCAGCUCAAGGCGCUGAGGCAGGAGAACGUGCGGCUGAACGAGCACAAGGGCAAGUCCAGGUGGGACGACAAGCCCGCGGCGCAGGCGCAGGCGGCGUCCCACCAGUCCGACGACAAGCUGAAGCCGGCGGCCAAGAGGGAUCGGGGAGAGGAAGACGCGGCGGUGGCGACGACAGCCCAGUCAGCCAAUCAUGCCGCCGGCGGCCCGGCGUCGGAGCCACCGCCGGUGGACAGCUACGAUGCCCUGCAGGCGACGGCCGUGGCGCGGUGCCGCAGCCUGUUCAGCCUCGGCAUAUCGCUGGCGGUGGGCGCGGUGGCGUGGUCGGCCGACGCGCCGUGCCUGCCGCUGCUGGCGGGGCUGUUCGCCGUCGUGGCCGUGUCCAUGCGCAGCGUGUCGCGGCUGCGCCGGCGGGCCGGGGACGACGGCGCCGUCGCGCUGCUCGGCCUCAACUGGUUCCUCCUCGGCCUGCUCACCUCGCCCAUGCUGCCGGCCGCCCUCGGCCCCGCGCUCACGUGGCUCGCCGCAACCGCGCCCCUGUGACGUCCCGGCCCCGGCCCGCUAUUUCCGUUUCCGUUCGAUACACGUGUCUGUUGUAACUUCUUCACACGUACUGUGCUACUGCUGCCUGCAGUGUACUACUACUGCAUCUCUCUUUUUCAAGAUUCCA